CACACACACACACACACACACACACACACACACACACACACACACACACACACACACACACACACACACACAGUUUUGUCAGUCAUUCCACUCUGUCAGACAGCCAUGAUGUGUCUACCAACUUUUAACUACCACUUGCAUCCAAUGAUGACGAAUGCUCCUACCUCUGCGGAUGCCUGCCUGAGCAUUGUGCACUCCCUCAUGUGUCACCGGCAGGGAGGAGAACCAGAGGGAUUUUCCAAACGUGCCAUUGAAAGUCUCGUCAAAAAACUCAAGGAGAAACGUGAUGAACUGGACUCGCUCAUCACCGCCAUCACCACCAACGGCUCCCACCCCAGCAAGUGUGUCACCAUUCAGCGCACUCUGGACGGCCGGCUGCAGGUGGCGGGGCGCAAGGGGUUCCCUCACGUGAUCUACGCACGAAUCUGGCGGUGGCCGGACUUGCACAAGAACGAGCUGAAGCAUGUGAAGUACUGUCAGUUUGCCUUCGACCUCAAGUGUGACUCGGUGUGCGUCAACCCCUACCACUAUGAGCGUGUCGUGUCCCCGGGCAUUGCAGACUUGACGGGACUCAGCUUGCAUAUGGAGUGUGAGGUGAGUGGGGGCAGCAGCUCAGGGCCUCAGGAUGCCUCGGUUGGCCCUGGACCCUCCGGCAUUUCAGGGCUGUCCAGUUCCCAGCCCAGUGCCAACUCCCCAGCCCAGCCAGCUGGACCUCAGGCUAGCCCAACAUCCUCACAGAGUGGCUCAAUGCACCAGACAGUUUCCGCCUCAGCGCAGACUAUACACCCCAUGUCCCACCAGCCCACCUCCUACUCCCUCCUCUCCCCCACAGACAGCACCUCCAGCCACAUGUCUCAGGGCCUUCAGUCACCCACGGCCUCUACACCAGGAAGUCAGACAUUCUUCACCGACUCCGUGCCGUCCGCCAGCCUCACGCAGCCUCACCCAGCACAGCAGCCACCACCACCACCACCACCUCAACAGUCACCGCAGCAGCAACAGCAAAUACAACAACAACAACAGCAACAAAAUGGCUUUACCGUGUUGGGGGCUGGCAGCGGCGGUAGCACUGGGGGAGGAGGGGGAGGGGUGCAAGCUGUGGGGUCACCGUUUAGCCAGGGGGGGCCAGGGAGUGUACCCACAGCCUCCCCGUCCCCACAGCAGAACCCCUUGCCCCCACCCCACCCUGUGUCAUCCCACUCCAUGUCGCAGCCUAACUGGAGUGGCCACAAUACUCUGUCAUACACCCCCAUGAUGGGAGACAGACAGAACCAUAAUUACUGGGAGCCACCGCCCAUGAUGCAGGACGUCCCCAUUGUGCCCCUCUCCUCCCAGCCUGGUCCGGAGUUCUGGUGUUCUAUCGCAUACUUCGAAUUGGACACUCAGGUAGGGGAGACAUUCAAGGUGCCAUCAAGCUGCCCCUCCGUCACUGUGGAUGGCUAUGUGGACCCUUCAGGAGGCAACCGUUUCUGUCUCGGCGCCCUCAGCAAUGUCCACCGCACUGAGCAGAGUGAGAGGGCAAGGCUGCACAUAGGGAAAGGCGUUCAGCUGGACCUGCGAGGGGAGGGGGAUGUGUGGCUGCGGUGCCUCAGUGACCACAGUGUGUUUGUGCAGAGCUACUACCUGGACAGAGAGGCGGGCAGGUCUCCAGGCGAUGUGGUGCACAAGAUUUACCCGUGUGCCUGUAUUAAGGUGUUUGACUUGAGCCAGUGCCACCGCCAGAUGCAGGCUCAGGCCACCACGGCUCAGGCGGCAGCCACGGCCCAGGCAGCUGCGGUGGCUGGCCAGAUCUCCGGCCCCGUGGCUGUGGCCGGCAUCUCUUCUGGUAACCUCUCUGCAGCAGCUGGGAUAGGAGUGGAUGACCUGCGGCGCCUCUGUAUCCUACGCCUGAGCUUUGUGAAGGGCUGGGGGCUGGACUACCCUCGGCCCUCCAUCAAGGACCCCUGCUGGAUUGAGGUUCACUUGCACCGCGCCCUGCAGCUCCUGGAUGAGGUUCUACACACCAUCCCGCUCGACGGCCCUCGCCCCAUUGAGUGACAGGAAUGACAGUCAGGUGGUGUGGCAGAGGGCAAGCAGGACAGAUCUUCUUGCUGGUCCUGCCUCUGCUCUUCUUGCUGCUUCUGUUGCCCCUGUUGCUGUCAACACUCAAUGUUCUGAAAGAGAGAGAGAGAGAGAGAGAGAGAC